AUGAACAGUGACAGCAGUAGUGACGAUACUGACGAAGACGAAAUGAUACUUGAAAUGUGCAAAGAGUUAAAAAUUAAACUUCCUGCGAAAAAAUUAAAACAAGAGCCAGUUAAACAGAAUACUACAUUCGAACUCUCAAAUCUAGAAAAUGUUGAUAUAAAUAAUUUACCUAUUCUAAUUUUACCCCCCAAUGAAGCUAUAACUAAUUUUUCUGGUUUCGGUUCACAUACUUCGCCACAAAUUUUAGGAAACAAUUAUUUAAAUAAUAUUGCUGAAGAAGUAAUCAUCUUAGUAGAAGAAGAACAAUCGUCAGUAGUAAUAGAAGAUCGAGUUAUAGAAACAUCAAAAACACAACACAUUGAAGAAGUAUCUAAAAAACCAACUGAAGAAGUGCUGAACGAACAACCAGGAAUAUUAUCGGAACAAGAAGUAACAGAAGCAAGGAACGAAAAAGAACGGGAUCUAACAAAUCAAAUUGUAGUUGAUGGACUAAGGGAAGAAGAACAGAAUGGAAAUCAAGAGGUUGCUGUUGAUGCUGAAGAAGCUAAUGAAAACGAAAACAACUUAAAUGAAGAAUUUUGUGGAGAUCUUAAUUCUAAAAGAAAGAGAAAGUCUAAAGGUUUAAAGUCAAAAAAUGCCGAAAACGAGUGGACCAAAAAUAAAUGCAAGAAACUCAGAUUAGAUGGAAAGCAAUACAUGGGAUAUCGGCGAGAUAGCAAGCAAAAAAAGUUUAAAGUUUUACAUGAUGUUAUCCGACCUGCACGUAAAAUAGGAUCUCGCUGUUCUUCUGAAUUCUGA